GGAGGUGCCGGGGGAGGAGGCUGCUGUGGGGGGCCGGCUUGGAGUGGGAUUCGACCCGCGGCGCUGACCGACUGCUGGACCGACGGCCGACGGGCACCCGGGUCUGCGCGCACGGCUGCUCCGGGUCGCCCCGGCCGAGGCGCUGGCCACGGUAGACCUCAGGGAGGGCUCGGGCUGCCGGGCCGGGCGCCAUGUCCAUGGAGGACCCCUUCUUUGUAGUGAAGGGAGAGGUACAGAAAGCAGUCAACACUGCCCAAGGAUUGUUUCAGAGAUGGACAGAGCUCCUUCAGGGCCCCUCUGCAGCAACAAGGGAAGAAAUCGACUGGACCACCAACGAGCUGAGGAACAAUCUCCGCAGCAUAGAGUGGGAUCUGGAGGACCUCGAUGAAACCAUCAGCAUAGUUGAAGCAAAUCCUAGAAAAUUCAACUUGGAUGCAACUGAAUUGAGCAUAAGAAAAGCCUUCAUCACAAGUACUCGGCAAAUUGUCAGGGACAUGAAGGAUCAGAUGUCAGCUUCAUCUGUGCAGGCACUGGCUGAAAGGAAAAACAGACAGGCACUACUAGGAGACAGCAGCAGCCAGAGCUGGAAUGCUGGAGUGGCAGAUCGCUAUGGGCGCCUUGACCGGGAGCUACAGCUAGCCAACUCCCACUUCAUCGAGGAGCAGCAGGCACAGCAGCAGUUGAUUGUGGAACAGCAGGAUGAGCAGUUGGAGCUGGUCUCUGGCAGCAUCGGGGUGCUGAAGAACAUGUCCCAGCGCAUUGGAGGGGAGCUGGAGGAACAGGCAGUCAUGCUGGAUGAUUUCUCUCACGAGCUGGAGAGCACUCAGUCUCGACUGGACAACGUGAUGAAGAAACUUGCAAAAGUGUCUCACAUGACCAGUGAUCGGCGCCAGUGGUGUGCCAUAGCCAUCCUCUUCGCAGUCCUGGUGGUCGUGCUGAUCCUCUUCCUAGUGCUGUGAUCGUGGCCCCGCCUCAGGCACUUCUGCACGAGGACCCAGGGGAGAGGAGAAGCAAGCACUCCGCCACUUACAUUCCUCUCCCAGAAACACACCUCUACCCCGCUUCCUCUGUGACUCCAGCAUUGAGACAGCCCUCUCUCCCAGCGCUCAAAGGGCAAGCUUAGAAGAGGGAAGAGGUGACCACAUGCCUGGCUGGAUAGCAGAAGCCCCAGCUGCCCAUUCUUCCUGAGGACAGCAAGCCCCCGCUUUGCCUUACUGGACCUCGCUCCUUGAGGAAGGAAGGACUCGGAGUCCUCAGAAGAACUAACAGCCCCGUUUACUCCGUUGCUCAUUCUGCUGGUCUCUGGCAGCCUUUCCUUCUGCUCAGACCCUUUCCCAACUUCGAUGGGUGCCACUCUCCCUUCAGAAGAAGCCUGGCAAGAAUGAGGGCAUCUGGGGAUGUACGUUUCUCAUUGCUGUUAUGUUUCUCAGCCCUUGAGAGCUGGCUGUUGCUGAGAACAGAAGGCUCAGAAACACCUCGUGACAGAAAUGCAGUGUCUCAUUUUGCUGGGUAAGAGCUGAGAUUAAACUGCUUUUCCGGGUGUUUUUGUGGCAGGGAUAAGCAACAGGAAAUAGUGAAAUCCCUUGGGGGUGCGGGUGCAGAUGACAAAAGGCUUUAAUAAACUGGAGCAGUUGAGAACAGCAGCACCUGUGUUGGUCUAGCCUAUGGAAGGACUGGUGAUAUCUCCCAGGGCCUGGCCAGAGCUGCUGACCUAGUCUGUCCCAGGGCUGUCUCCUUAGAGGUGCAGCUUACAAAUGUAGAGCCCCUUGUACAGCACAGCAAUGCUCAGCUGGGUGGGACACGCCUUCUUCUCUGAUGCUUUUAUGCCGAUGGCACUCAGAGAUGAGGUAGGAGGGUCAGCACAUCUGUUACAUUUAUGCAGAAACUGUCCUGACGCAGAAAGGCUGGUUCUGAGCCAGAGGUCCCUUACUCUGUGAGUAAUAGCAUGGAUGGGGAGGAGAACUUGGUACUCUGUUCUCUAAGAACAACUUGACUUCAUCGUCCAUUGGAGUUACUGAGGGAGUCCAAAUUCCCUGACAGAUGGUUUAUUGGGUUGAAGUGGCUGAAACUGCUAACACUACACUUCAGGCUUCGGGUGACGGUUCCCAUACCUCAGUUGUGCUCAUGAAUGUGGGAUUUCUCAGAAUGUCCCAAAAUGCAUAGUCUGGUAUUGCCGUAGCCGACAGGACCAGAGCCAGCCUUUCCCAUUGGAGGCUGCCGCUCAGGCGUCCUCUGUGCUGGGAAGAGCGGCAUCUGAACAGGUCCGAUCUUUAACCUCUCUUGCUUCGCCUUUCUGUGCAUCCCUUAGCAUGCCAACUUAAAAAAACAAAUCCUGGGUUGUUCGUAUUCCUUGGGAUUUUGACUUUUGGGUCCCCUUUUUGUUUUGUUUUAUUAUUCCCAAUGAUGUGCGUGCGCAGCUAACUUUUAAAUUGCACUUUUAAAUAAAUAUUUGUAACAAUUUUUAAAA